UACAGUGGCCCUGAGACUGAAGGACAGCUUUUGAAUUCUUUCGUCCAGUAUUUUGGUGACAGCCUUGGGAGAAAGAUUAAAAGAAUGCCUUUAAUUGAAGAAACUGUGCUGCCUGGAGACUCCCUCCUUACUUUGCCAGUAGUAAUAAUAGGAAAUGGACCCUCGGGAAUUUGUCUUUCAUACCUGCUCUCUGGAUACAGGCCGUAUUUAUCUCCCGAAGCGAUACACCCAAACCCCAUUCUGCAUACGAAGUUAGAAGAAGCUCGACAUCUUUCCAUUGUUGAUCAAGAUCUGGAAUACCUGUCCGAAGGCCUCGAAGGCCGCUCUUCAAACCCAGUCGCGGUGCUUUUUGAUACGUUGCUUCAUCCUGAUGCUGACUUUGGAUACGACUACCCACCAGUUUUGCACUGGAAGCUAGAACAGCAUAACUAUAUCCCCCACAUAGUACUUGGUAAAGGACCGCCUGGCGGGGCCUGGCAUUCCAUGGAAGGUUCUAUGCUAACAAUCAGUUUUGGAGACUGGAUGGAAUUGCCUGGCCUUACCUUUAAGGAGUGGGCAGCCAGCAAACGCAGAAAUGUAAAGAGUGAUCGAGUAAUGCCAGAGGAAAUAGCUUGUUACUACAAACACUAUGUUAAAGUCAUGGGCCUCCAAAAGAAUUUCAGAGACAACGUUUACAUAACAUCAGUAUCCAGGCUUUACCGAGGAGAGGAUGAAGAAGAUAGAAGUCAGCUAAAUGAAAGUAUUUCAGCACAGAAUUUGGAAAUGGAAGACGGGCAGAAAUCACUAAUUAAGAGAAACUGGGAAGUCAGAGGUUAUCAGCGAGCCACAGACGGUUCUCACGUGCCCUUCUGCCUCUUCGCUGAGAACGUGGCUCUUGCCACAGGAACCUUCGAUUCGCCGGGCCGACUGCAGGUUGAAGGAGAAGACUUUCCUUUUGUGCUCCAUUCCAUGUCUGACUUCGGAGCUGCAAUCAGCAAAGGGAAGUUACGUGGGAAGGCAGACCCCGUGUUAAUUGUGGGCGCGGGACUUACAGCCGCUGAUGCGGUACUGUGUGCCUACAACAACAACAUCCCCGUCAUCCACGUGUUUCGUAGAAGAGUUACAGACACAAGCCUAAUUUUCAAACAGUUACCAAAAAAACUUUACCCUGAAUACCAUAAGGUCUAUCACAUGAUGUGUACUCAGUCCCAUACCAUGGACUCAACUCUGCAUUCUGCUUACACUAGUUUCCCUGAACACAACGUACUUUCCUUCAAGCCUGAAAUGAAAUGUGUUCUUCAGAGUGCCUCCGGACUGAAGAAAAUUUUGAAGUUCUCUGUAGCCUUAGUUCUGAUAGGUUCUCACCCAAACCUGUUUUUUCUAAAGGACCAAGGACAUGGCAUAGGUCAUCACUCUAAUCAGCCCAUCACGUGCAAAGGGAAUCCCAUAGAGAUUGACCCGUACACUUACGAGUGCACUAAAGAAGCAAACCUCUUUGCUUUAGGUCCUCUGGUGGGAGACAACUUUGUACGGUUUUUAAAAGGAGGUGCCUUGGGCAUUGCACGGUGCCUGGCAAUAAGGCAGAAGAAGAAGCACGAAUUGAUUGAAAGUGGGGAUGGAGGAGGUGAUGGGGUACCGUAA